UUAUGUGACACUCAAUAUCUUUAGAUAACGUUGAAGAAACUAUGUUUUAUCGAAAACGUCUUGAAGAAGAUAUAAAGGUUCUGUCUAGGUCAUGAAGCAUCUUAAGUUAGCCACCGACUGGAUAUCACUUUCCGUUGAAAAAAAAAAUUCCAAAAUCUAGCUUUUGUCCUAAUAAUCACUAGGGGUCGCAUAAUCUGAUACCACCUCAAUGAUCCUCGCCUCCAGCCAAUAAAAAUCCCGCCAUGUCUAAACGUAACAACUCGUAAUUCUCAACACCUUUGUCAUUCCACUGUCACCACAUGGGACAUUUCUAUAAUCAUUCAACCAAUCACUUUCCUCCAUGAUGUAACCGCCAAUAUAUCUAUAUCUUUAAUGCGCCAAGAAGAAGGUCAGGCGCCGCUGGCGAGGACUUCUAGCGUAAGCUCUUGCGUGUCCUCGGGUCACACGCCGCCGCAAGGAUACCAGACGCCUUUGGACGAGGACGACGACGAGCCGCCCCCACUGACGCCACGGGCGGCAUCCUUGUUGCAGGCACCCACGCCGAAUUCCGCCGUCAUGACGGUCAGUCUCGAGGGCUACCUCGAGCCCACUCGUAUCUCGUUUGGUUCGCCACCUAGUAGCGAGCUGAAUCCUCGAGGACCGUCGCCGGACGAGACAUUCCCGGUGUUUUCGCCGCCGCCGUACGAUCGAGGCCCGGCUGAUCGAUCCUUAACGUCCUCCGUGAGACACCGGCGUCAGUCCAGCUUCAUCGGGCCGUCGUGGAUGAAUGGACUACACACCCCGCGCCAAUCCAUCAUCUCGACGAAUUCUCGCUCCCCGUACUCACAUCACACGUGUAAUCACUCAUCGACAACCUGGUCCUCGUCGUCCGUGCGCUACGAUGUCCUGUACAUACGCUUCCUCACGCCUGCACAUCUAAAUCCAUCACGAUAUAUAUAUAUAUAUCUCAUCUCACAUUGUCCGAUGUUGGUCUCGUCUUCUUAGAAGUGAUAGUAUCGCUGGGUGUAUUUUCUUGGACGGUAAAAUAUGCUAUGUGACACCUCUAUGACUGAAGUUAUGAUCCGGGAGGAUACCUCUGUAUAUAAGCAUUUGUAUUUGUAAAGUUAUCGAUGUUCGUGCAUAUUUAUAUAUAGGAGGAUCGAUAGGAAUAAUACGAAACGCUUCUGUUCCGUAAAUCUACAUUGUUAAUAUCUAUUCCUUUAUCUUUCUCUCUCGUAAUGCUUUUUUCCGUGAUCAUUCUAUCAUUCAUUAUAUAUUUUUUUAUUAUCAUUCGCUGCAAUUAUUACCAUCUCAUAAUUCCUAAACCUUCAAAUAUAUACAGAUCUUGAAUUCAAGAUACAGCCAACUCCUGAAACAUGUGCACAACAUUUCUCUUAUAAACUAUUGAUAGAUUAUUCUUUCUCCCGAUAAUCCAGUCAAUGGUGAAGUCGAACAAUUCAAUCGCAAAUUAGCUGAUGUAACAUAAAUGCAAUGUGUAAUAUAUCAUAUGCUGCGUAUCGAUAUUGCCAUUUAUUCAGCUUGUGUCUUUAUUUUAUU